AUGGGUUUUUCUAAGAGCAUUGCAGACCCUUGUCUUUACACGAAGGGGAGUGGUAAGGAUUAUAAAGCCUUAAUUUUGUUUGUUGAUGACAUUUUGAUAUCUUGUUAUAGUGACGCAGAGGUCCAAAAAGUAGCACAGCAGUUAGCUAGUAAGUAUAACUUGAAAUCCCUAGGGCCAGUGAAAAAUUACCUGAGAGUAGAAGUUAAACAAACGGAGGACAGAAGCUUUCUGCUAAGUCAAAAGCAGAAAAUUGAAAUGUUACUUGAACAGUGUGAGAUGCAAGACUGCAAACCAGUGAAAAGCCCCAUAGAACUGAACAUACAAAGUACUUUACAAAGUGAAUGUUUUAGCAACCCAGAUUUGUAUCGGUCUGUAGUUAGAAUGUUGUUGUACUUAGUUAACUGGUCUAGGCCAGAUUUGUCAGCUUCUGUCGCCAUUUUAAGCAAGUUUGUUGCAAAGCCCACAAUACCAGCCUGGAAUGCCCUGAAAAGAGUUUUAAGGUACCUAAAAGGCACCUUAGAGCACGGAUUAAGUUUAUCUGCAGAGCCAGAUGAAGAUUUAUUGUGCUAUGUGGAUUCAGAUUAG